UAUAUCAAAUAAUUUAUAUAUAUAAUAUUCAUCAUGCGCAAGGCGCGGGUCUUAACCUAGUAUACAGGAAAAGUUAGGCUGUUUUCAUAACUCUCCCAUUAUAACAAAGAAAAAUAUUUGUGCUUUAUAAACCAAAAGUUGGUGUAACGAAACUAAUAUUAAAGUCGCACAAAUUCAAAAGAGCGGUUGGAUUUGGAUAUGUUGGAAUCAGUUAUUAUCAUCUAUAUAAACCCCCUUUUUUCCUAAAGGCUUCUAUAUAUAUAAACUCUUGGUCAGACUUAUUCACAUUGUGUCAGACUAAAAUAUAUUCUUUUAAAAGUAACAUAUUUUAUAUGCAAUUCUCUUAAAUAACUAUUUUUAUUUUUUUGUCAUCAAAAUAAUCCUCAAAAAUGACUAAAUCUCAAGUUUUUGGCGGUGCCGUAGUCUUGUUUUGACGCAUUCGAGUCUUGCUCUGAAUUCACUAUCUUUCUCUAUCUUAGAGUCUUAAGGUGUGAUUGGUAAGAACUGUGAUUUUUUUUUUUUGGCUGUAGAAAUAUUGGUGUGACUUUUUUGGCUUUGGCUCUAGAUUUUUACUUUUUAAAAGUUUUUAAUUUGGACUGUAGGAAUUUAUCUCUGCAGAACAAUUAUAAAAACAUAAAUUUAAAGAAGUGAUGUGGACUUAAAAAAACGGCUGUGAGCUUUUUAAAAAAAAUAUAAAUCAAGACUGGUGUAGAUUUAGAGCUGUGGAUAUAAUUGUGGCUGUGGAGAACAAUUACAACAAUAGCCAAUCACACUCUUCGUAGCUUCCUUUUAUGAUGCAAUGUUUAUGUUUGUGGAUUUCUUCAACUCUCCUUUCCAUUGUAGCCUGAAUGUUUGAGUUUCUUAGUGAAAGUAGUGUUAAAAAAAAUAAAAAAAUCUUCAAAAAAAAAAAUAACCACAAUACUCUAUUUUUAUUUUGAAAAUUUUAAAUUUUUAUUUUUUAAAUUUAAAACUCCACCUUGAAAACUCUACCUUAACUCUAAACUCUAGUAUAAAUUAGUUAACCUUAGUAUAUAAAUGUAUAUUUACCCCUAAAUAAAAGUUUUUUGUCAUUUUCUUUAUUGGAAGCUAUUUUUGUGAAAAUAAACUAAAAAUGAAUAUUCUAGAGAAUUUCUCUAUUUUAUAUUUUUCCACUUGUAACUUUUGGAAGAAAAAAAAACAGUUUGUAAAACAAUUAAGUACUAAGAAGAUUGGGUAUAGUUUCCCUACCAUUUUGAUUUACUAUUCAAUAUUUUAAGUUGCACCACGCUAAUCACAAUUAAUGGUAUGUAUCAAUCGUGUAUAGCAACAGUAGUGACAUACGGCUUCAAACUUUGCUGGAAUAUUCACGUUAUAUACGUAAAGAAGAACAGAAAAAAGUGGGGCACUAAAAGGGGCUGUCUUAUAGUUGGUAAUGUGAAUUAAGAAGCUGGCAAUGCAACUUAAUGUAGGACAACUCCAUACCUCAAUCAUCAACCCAUCUGAAUAGAUAAUGCAACCCAAUCAUUUCCUCAAAUAUACCUUAUUAUACUCUUGACUAUGAUUGAUACAAUAUAAGUUAUAAAUUUUGCUAAUAAAUUUGUUGUCAAACAAAAUCAAGAAUUCAUAAAGGAAGUCACGUUGUGAGAUUCUGAUUAGUUGUUUCGCUGGAGGCGUUGAAACGGCCCUCUUAACAGCUCACUUGGUUUCACAUUCCUCUCCAUUUUGGAGAAUAUUCUAAUUGCUUGUUAUAUAAAUAUAUAUGUUCCUCUCUCUCACACAAAAAUAUUACAGCAUCCGCAGAUAGAAAAUGGCAUCGUUCUUGGACAAGGCAGCUUCUACUUUUAACGAAGCCAAAGAAUCUGUUACAGCCACCGCUGAAUCCGUCGGUGCCUCUCUAACUGAGGCUCAGAAAACCGUCGCAGCCUCCGCUGAAACUGUCACGACCUCUCUAACCGAUGCUGGAGAAAACGCUGCAGCCUCCGCGGAAACCGUCAAGAGGUCUUUAACCGAUGCUGGAGAAACCGUUGCAGCCUCCACAGAAACGGUCAAGAGUGAAGCCGCAGCAGCACCAGAGAAAGUGUCUAAUGUGUCAACACAGGCAAGAGAGGUAGUGGACAAUGUUUUAUCAAAAGGUUUUGAAGGAUUCAACACCUUGCUUCAUGGUUUUGAGGAGAAGAAGACUGAUAUUUCCUCCAAGAUCGUUGACGUUGCUACCAAGGCUGUUGCUGGUGCAUCGAGCAGCACCACCGUAGAAAACCGAGACGUUCCUAUAUCCACAGACAAUCAGCCUUUGUUAGCUGGUGAGCGUGGGGCUGAGACGACCCCGUGGUGGAAAAAUUGUUGUGGAGUUCUUGAUCUUCUCAAGACAUCUACUUCAAAAUGAAAGGCUAAUGCAUUUCACCAUGAAGGAAGGACAGAGCACUAGAAGAAAGAACCUAUCCCAAAACAACUUUUGAUUAUGUAUUUGCUUUCUUUUAUUUUGAUUUGAUAUUGUGUCUAUCUUUAUUUUUGUUGUUUUUUGUUUUGCUUUUCUGUUGAUAAUCCUUUUGAGUCUUGAUUGUUUUCAAGAAAUUGUGUACAAGCCAAUAAACCCCCAAAAAAUGUAAUUUCCUUUGUGAUGAGUGACGGAUUCUAAAGAACUUCUAAAAGCUUUUUUUUUUUUUUUUGAACAACGGAACUUCUAAAAGCUAAACGGACCCUUUACAAUAAGUUUCUCAACGUAACUAGAAACAAGACUCUUCCAUACAAAAGAACUUUUAAAAUCGUAACUAGAAAACUCAAAUUCAAGAUUCAUACAAAAGAAAGGGAAGACAUCAAGGAAAAUAACCUUUUUCUUUGUCACAAGAAAAAAAACUUUCUUUAACAAAAGAACUUUUAAAAUCGUAAAAAUAUUAGUUAAUUUUCUCUGGGUUACCAAAAUACUUUUGUAAGAGAAUUAAAUUCAUACAUGAUAGAUUGAUUUUUUUUUUGUUUGAGAAAACACAUGAUAGAUUGAUUGUGAUAGAAUUAAUUGAUUAAUAUGUUUAUAUAUUAUAAUCUUAAAUUAACAAACGGAACUCUAUAAAUUAUAUAUAUAUAUCUUAACUAAACAUAUCAUCAUAUGAAAUAUUUUAAAUUUACGUGAAGGAAGGACAGAGCACUAGAAGGAAGAACCUAUCCCAAAACAUACAUACCUCAUCAUUAUGGAAGCUAUGUGUACGAGCCAAAGGAAAGAAAAUGGGAAAUAGACUAUAUGCUGAUUUCUAAGCGUUGCGUGAAUGAAUGUGUGGUUGAUGAUGUGCCACACAUUAAAAUAUUGUGCUACACAUGAUAAAUAAGAUUUUAUAAAUAUAUAAUGUGCCACACAUUAAAAUAUUUUCUGGAUCCGUCUCUGACUCCCAUGAUCGUGUUAUGAACACCUUAAAAGCGUAUAAUCCAAAUCAGAAGUCUUAGAGAGUGGUGGAAGGCGUGGAAGAAUUGUUGGCUAGGACGAUAUGUUCAGACUGGUCGUAUACUGUGAGAUAUGGUGGGAAUCUGGCUUUGCUUUUCAGAAGACCAGGUGAGAUUUGGUGUGCGCUGGAAAGACCUCAGGGAGAGGAGAUUUGGAGUAAAGUUGAGUGGUGGGAUCAGGUUCUGACGGGAAAUUUUAAAGAUAUGAAAUCUCUAUCUGUUAUGGUUUGAUGCAUGAACUCUCCUUCAUAUAUAAUAUAACUUGUGUUUUUAAUUU